AUGUCCAUCUAUGGCGACGCGGCCCCGUGCACCUCCCCGCCGUGCCCCCUCAGGAUGGCCGAGCCGGGCGUUUGUUCCCAGGCCUUCCUAGUGCACCUGGAGGGGGCCGGCGUCCAGGCUGGCGGAGGAGCAGCCGAGGACAUCGGGGACGGCGCAUGGGCCCAGGGCGCCGUGGGCCAUCCCCUUCCGGCCUUCGUGCCCCGCGGGGGCCUAGAGGGGCCUCCAUUAUUCCUGUCUCUGAGGCAGCCUCCUGCCCAAGGGCACCCACUUAGCCAGCCCCGGGAGUCACUGUCCACAAGGCCCGAACCAGGGACGAAGCUAGGCGGCGGGAUGACCGUCUUUGGUGCUGCACAGAGUGAAGCCUAUACUUUACUUUUAUGGAAUUUACCUCACUGGAAUUUGGAAUCAGAUGUCUUCACUCCUGAAAGUAAAAACCUCCCACCUGGAAGGGAGAGUGCAGCAGGUGGUAAGCUGAAAAAGAGUCAUUUGGAAAUUCCAGUAGAACAACUAAUAGAACUUAGUUUGUCAGAGAACUCACAGAAAAAAUCACUGAACAAUAGCAAACCAGGGAUGUUUCAAUUCUGGAGCUACCCUCAUAAUGAUGCAAUAACUGUGGAGAAUAGGGAUUUCCAAAAAUCUUCAUUGGAAACUGGCUUUAAUGUAAAUAAUAAUCCUUUAAGGCUCUUCACUCUGAACCACUCACUAACGAGUGCUUCAUUUGAUAAACAAGCUGGUUCUUACCCUGGAUUGCAACAACAGAUGCCAUUAAGUCUCUGCUGGCCAUAUGCUGAUGGAGACUUUUGUAAAGAUAGAAGUGAGCCUCAGAGUAACUCAUAUUCAGCUAUAGAAAGCAACAAUGGUGAAACUUUAUCUCCUUCAAGUUGGAAUAUGAAAUGUGGGAACAGCAGUAUUGAAGAAAAUCUUACUGAUGAAAGUGAUUUAUCAGAAAAUGAAAAAGUAAAUGAUACAUUACUCACUUACUUUAAAAAAAUGGACUUGAACUUAAAGCCAGAAGUAAUAGAAGACUUUGAAGAAUCUUUCUUGGAACAGCCAAGCGAAGUAUUUUCAUAUCCUGAUUUUCUCCCUCCACCUUUUAAUACUCUUGACUUGCACAAACUGGCCUUCUCAAAAUCUGAAAAUUGGAAAGUGGCAUUAGAUCCUAUAGAAAGCUCCAUUGAGCAGUUGAUAGGUCGGUUAUUGGAGAUGGAAAGAAUACAACAUCUGACUAUACAAAAGGAAAGGCCAAAGAUACCAAUCAACUGCUCGACUCAAGUCAUUACUGAACGGCCCAGUUCGUCCAAAGGCUCAUCCAAACAGAAGCCAUCAAGAUAUCCUGAAUCUCUGCUCCUUCAGACAACGUGUGUAGAUAAAAGUAGAGAAAAAAGAAAAAACAACUCUAAUUCUUGCAAACUUGAGCAGAAUACUUCAAAAUGCAGUUGGGAUAAUGCUGGUAAAUAUAAGUGGAAUUCCAGACCACCAUCUAUCAGAAGCUCUUCUACCACAAAACAAAUCAUUGCUACUUAUGACGACUUUAAAAUGUCCAAAGGUUCCUCUUUAAGUCCAUGCCAAGAAGUUUUAUCCAGACCUACUUCAAGCCAUUCCAUUGCUCAAACAACUCAUCCAUUGGUUAAAAUGGUUUCAACAAGAUGCCUACAGCCAAAGGCUCCAAUAUCUGUAUCAUCUCUAUCUCUUUGUUUGCCUGAGGCACAAGAAAGCAAACCAUCAAGAAGUAAAAAGAAACUUUAUCGGAAAAAUAUAGCUGUAAAUAGACCACUCCACGUUCAGAAGAGGCAUUGUUUAUCUCCUUCAUUCACAGCUAAAUGUGAGAAGUGCUCACACAUAGACCAAAAAUAACUUUUUUUCCCUGUCUUAAUUCUCAUUGGGAAUAAACCUAGCCCACCAAACCAGUUGAAAUCUGAUUUAUCACUCCCAGUUACAGAUAUUUCAAAACAAAACAACCCAAAGAUUACUUGAAGUAAAUCUUGUGAAAAUUCCCACUUUGUACUAAAUAUAAGUCUGGGAGUUUUUAUGAUGAUGACAGAUUUGAUAAAUCUUUUGUGUCUUGUCACCAAGAAACGUUUUCACUGAGUAAACCAAAUUCUAAAGACUGUCCUCUUGUUGUGACUGUUUUCCAACGUAAUUACAUCAAACAUCAAUAAAUUGGAUAAU